ACCAUCGGUACAGAAACAAAAAAAGAACAUUAGUUAACACUAGAAAAAUGAAAAUAAUCAAUAAAAUAUCAUAAACAGUAAAUCACACACAUACAGAGACAGAAACUAGUUGCUUGUACAGAACAUAGAGAAGCCACUUAAGUAAGUUAAGUUUCCAUCUUCUUUGAGAAGCCAUAGCAAAAUUCUUGAGAGAGAAACAAAGAUUGAAGAAGAAGAUUUGAAAGAGAAAGAAAUAAAAGAAAAAAGAACAUAUGUUGUUGCUUCUCUUCAAAGCCACGAUCUUUUGAUGCUGAUUGUUGUUUCGCCAUUAAAAGCUUUCACGCCAUUCCCCCACGAGAAAUCGGCACGCUUCACUCACGGAAAAGCAGUUCUUCUCGAGCUAUAUAUACACACACGUACUCCCACUGUCUUCUUCGCUUAGCUUCACCCGUCGUCGAAAAUGGGAAACAUCAAGUUGAUCAAAACUACAUUCUCUGGCUACAUUUUGCUGGGUACAUGUCUACUCCAAUUAGUGCAUGCAAUUUUAGACCCAAUGGAUUUCUUGGCUCUACAGUCAAUCAGAAAGUCAUUAGAGGACAUGCCUGGCUCCAACUUCUUUACUUCUUGGGACUUCACUUCCGAUCCUUGUAACUUCGCUGGUGUCUACUGUGAUGCUGACAAAGUCAUCGCUCUUAAUCUCGGCGAUCCAAGAGCCGGUUCAUCUGGUCUAACCGGACGCCUUGACCCUGCUAUCGGUAAACUUUCUGCUUUAGCUGAGCUCUCCAUUGUACCUGGCAGAAUAAUCGGUUCUCUCCCGCAAUCUCUCUCUCAGCUAAAAGGCCUCCGUUUUCUAGCCGUUAGUAGAAACUUCCUCUCCGGUGAGAUUCCGGCAUCUCUUGGCCAGUUACGCAAUCUCAAAACACUUGAUCUCAGCUACAAUCAACUCACCGGCCCUAUUCCUCAUUCAAUCGGUACUAUACCACAACUCUCUAAUGUCAUUCUCUGCCAUAACCGUCUCAGCGGUUCGGUUCCUGCAUUCCUAUCCCAAACCUUAACUCGGCUCGAUUUGAAACACAAUGAUCUCUCCGGUUCACUGUCGCCCUAUGCACUCCCUCCUUCGGUUCAAUACCUUUCUCUUGCUUGGAACAGGCUGAGUGGGCCAGUGGACCGGUUAUUAAACCGGUUAAACCAGCUAAACUAUCUAGACCUGAGUAUGAACCAGUUUACGGGUGGAAUUCCGGGUCGAGUUUUUACAUAUCCUAUAAGUAAUCUUCAAUUGCAGAGAAAUUUGUUUUGCGGUCCGGUUCAACCCAGUGAUCAAGUGAUAAUAGGGACCGUUGAUCUCAGUUACAACAGAUUAUCGGGUCAGAUAUCGCCCUUGUUUUCGAGCGUACAGAAUUUGUACUUGAAUAAUAACCGGUUUACGGGUCAGGUUCCAGGAAGUUUCGUGGACCGGUUAUUGGCUGCGAGUAUACAAAUAUUGUACUUGCAGCAUAAUUAUUUAACCGGGAUUGAGAUUAAUCCAACGGCUGAGAUUCCAUUGAGCAGUUCUUUGUGUUUGCAGUAUAAUUGUAUGGUCCCGCCGGUACAGACUCCAUGCCCGCUGAAGGCUGGGAAGCAGAAGACUAGACCUACAGCACAGUGCAGCGAGUGGAAAGGGUAAAGUUGGAAAUUUUGGGAUUAUUUUUAAUUUGUUCUAUUUUUAUUUUCAAUUCAUUGAUUUAUUAUUUUGGUUAAAAUUUAAGGGGAAUGAUAAAAGGAAGAAGAUUUGUGGAUAUUUAUGAGAAUUGUAGUUAUUCUGGGUUCUUUUUUUUUUUUUUUUUUUCUUUUCAAGGAUUUCCAUGUUGCUAUUAAUUAAUAUAUAUAUAUAUAACAUUUUUGUUACGAGUAAUAAAGCAUCUGUGGACCGUUACUGCUUAUUUUGGUAAUGUAAAUAUUAAUAUACUUUGCC